CCGUGUUCACGUCGCACGCACGAGCCAUGAAUUGAGCUCGCGUUCGCUCGUGCCGCGCCGUCGUUUUAUUUUUUUUUUAAUUUUAAUUUUGUUGCGUUUUUUUUGCAUUCUAAUUUUGCGUGCGGAAUAAAUUCAAAUUCGCUACUUGGAGAAAUUGAUAAGAGAAGAGAAGUGAUAAAAACAAACCUAAAUCUAUACUGACAUAUAUUUGCGUGCAAAGUGUGUGUCUUUGCGGAGAGAGCGCCGGUGAAAGAGAACAAGAGAGAAAAAUAGGAGUGAACUAAAGGGGUAAAAAACAAUACGGCGUGCGAUGGCUGUGCGGCCACGCAUCGGCCCUUUCGGAAGUACCGAGGAUCUAGCUAGGAUACCUGUUGUGCGAUGGAGAACUAUCAGGAUUACACUCGUCGUCGCGGUUGCUGCCGCCAUUCUUUCCGGCAUUGCCGACGUAGUGGCCAUCAGAUCAGGCGAUGGCUGCGCCAAUAACAUGUUCAGGUGCAACGAUGGCAAAUGCAUACUGUCGAUUCUCGUGUGCGAUUAUCGAGGGGACUGCGACGACAACAGCGAUGAGAUGCAGUCCUGUCCGCCGCCCGACUGCGAGAUCGGCCAAAUUACAUGCGGGCAGUACAGUUUCAACAAGACGUACUGUAUACCUCCUCAUCAACGAUGCGACAUGACUGUCGAUUGCGUUGACGGCACCGACGAAGACGGCUGUAUGUACAGGAAGUGUCAGCCGGACGACUUCAGGUGCGGCGGCACAACACCGGAGCUUUGCAUACCCAAAGAAAAAAAGUGCGACGGUUACUUGGACUGUCGUAAUGGCAAGGACGAGGACAAGUGCGAGGAUCAGGUAAAACCAGCCUGCCGAUUGGAUCAAUUCAGGUGUAACACCACGCACCGAUGCAUCGAGCAAAGUUCGAGGUGUAAUCACAGAGACGAUUGUGGUGACAACAGCGACGAAGAACAUUGCAAUUUCCCGCCUUGUACUAGCGACCAGUUCCGAUGCGCCAAUGCACUCUGCAUUCCCAUAGCAUAUCAAUGUGACGGUUAUAGAGAUUGUCAGGAUGGUUCUGACGAGAAAUCUUGCACGGCAACGGUUUGUCCGGGAAACAAAUUUACGUGCCCAAAGGGCACGCAGGACGGAAAACUGCUGUGCAUCAAUCCGACUCAGCUAUGCGAUGGCAAACAAGAUUGCGCGGAUGGGGCCGAUGAAAGAGUACAUUGUUCGACCGACUUGUGCGGUGCACUUGGAUGUCAACAUAAGUGUCAAGCGUCUCCUACAGGAGGGACUUGUUAUUGCCCCGAAGGAAUGAUUCUUGCCAAUGAUUCGCGGACCUGCAUCGAUCGAGACGAGUGCUCCGAAUGGGGUUUCUGCGAGCAACUGUGCGACAACACCGAUGGAUCGUACAUAUGUAAAUGCGCGCCAGGUUAUAUUCUUCACGGACGUAACAAAUGUCGCGCUCAGAACAUUUCCGCUUUGGAGCUCCUGUUCGCUCAGGAUCGCGCGGUGUGGCGGAUGAGCGCGACCGGCGGAAAUCGUAAAAUAAUCGCAAACACUACCGGCGCCAGCGGAGUGGACUAUCUGUAUUCGCAAAAUUUGCUCUUCUGGAGCGACAUGAAAACGCGAAAAGUGCACUCGGAGUCUCUCAACAGCGCGGUCUCGCCACGUGAUGAAUUGAUGUCCAAUGUGGACAUCAGUAUGGCAGGUUCUUGGGGUCCCGUGGCCAUCGCCGUGGAUUGGGUCGGCGAGAAACUCUAUGUGGCGGAUUCCAUCGUGCAAAAGGUGGACGUGUUCGAAUUAGACGGACGUUAUCACGGAAUCGUUGUGGGCUCCAAUCUCACUAAUCCAACCGACAUCGCGCUCGACCCAACGGCAGGUCUUAUGUUCAUCGCCGACAGCAAGCAGGUUCUUCGCGCCAACAUGGACGGAACCAACGCGUUUCCCGUCGUUUCCGAGGCGGCUUACAAAGUCUCCGGUUUGGCUGUGGAUAUUAUUGCCAAGAGAAUUUAUUGGUGCGAUUCACUGUUGGAUUAUAUUGAGACGGCAGAUUACAGGGGUCGUCACAGAGUCAUGAUUCUUCGUGGUACUCAGGUACCUUCUCCGAUCAGACUUACGCUUUUUGAGAACAGAAUAUAUUGGACGGAUGGCACCAAGCAAGCUAUCAUGAGCGUCGACAAGACUCAGGGAGAUUAUUCCAUUCAAAAUAUAUUCAAGGUGCGUGAUGUCAAAGGUAUAAAAGCCCUACAUCCACUUUUGCAACCAAAUAUUCCUAAUCCCUGCGGAAAUAACAACGGUGGUUGUCAGCACAUGUGCAUUGUCACCGCUUCUAGCGAUCAGAACUAUAGAUUAGGUUAUCGCUGCGCUUGCGACAUCGGAUGGCGAUUGGCGAACGAUAUGAGAAACUGCAACCUGGUGCAAGAGUUUCUAAUGUAUUCGCAGCAAAGAUUCAUUAAAGGUCGCGUGCUCAACCCCGUCAUGGAGGGCUUCAGCGACGCUAUUCUACCGGUGGUAUCCAGGCGGGCUCGAUUCGUCGGACUCGAUUACGACGCGCAUGAUCAAUAUAUUUAUUACAGCGACGUUUUGCAAGACGUCAUAUACAGAGUACAUCAGAACGCGACCGGACGAGAAAUCGUUCUGGCUAGUCAAAAUGAAGGAGUUGAAGGUCUCGCGGUCGACUGGGCCGCGAAAAACUUGUACUACAUCGAUUCGCGCAAAGGUACGCUAAACGUGCUCAGCACACGUAAUGUCACGUAUCGACGAACAUUGUUGAAGAACCUGAAGCGUCCUCGCGCGAUUGUAAUCCACCCUAAUCACGGAUUUAUCUUCUUCUCCGAAUGGGAUCGUCCGGCUAACAUCAGCAGAGCUUAUGCUGAUGGAUCCAAUCUAAUCGUAUUCCGAAACCUGUCUUUGGGCUGGCCAAACGGAUUGGCAAUUGACUUCAAAAAAGACCGAUUAUAUUGGUGCGAUGCUCUCUUGGAUCAUGUACAACAUUCGAACUUGGACGGUACGGACGUGCGAACGAUAGAUUCCAGACUGAUCCGUCAUCCGUUUUCUAUUGCAAUUCACGAAGACUGGAUGUAUAUCACCGAUUGGCGUCUCGACGCUAUUAUUCGUUUGCACAAGGAAACCGGCGAACAAGGGAGCAUUUUGGUUCGCGAACCUGCUACCAAUAGACUUUACGGUGUGAAGGUCUUCAGCCGUGAGAUUCAAGUGACCACAUCUAAUCAUCCUUGCACCAUUAAUAACGGUGGUUGCGAAAAAUUAUGUUUUGCUAUUCCGGAUAAUUCUACAACAUACGAUGGAGUGAUUUUCCCCGGAAUGAACAUCUCACCAAAGCUCACUCAAGUAUGUGGAUGUCCUUACGGAGAACGCCUUCUAGAGAACGGCAGAAGUUGCACGGCGAAUCCCGAAGGAGAACCACCUUUACAGGCCUGUCAGCAUACUUGGGAUUUCACUUGCGCAAACCAAAGAUGUGUGCCAAAAUCAUGGGUGUGCGACGGUGAGAACGACUGUUUGGACAACAGUGAUGAAAUGCAAAACUGCACGAAACCAACGUGUAGCGCGAAUGAGUUUCAAUGCAAAUCCGGACGCUGCGUUCCGAAAACAUUUCACUGUGACGCCGAGAACGAUUGCGGUGAUUAUAGCGACGAAAUUGGCUGUCCAAAUGUGACCUGCAGCGCCAAUCAGUUCGCUUGCGAUAACAAUCGUUGCAUCCCCGCAACUUGGAAAUGCGACUCCGAAAACGAUUGUGGCGACAGUUCCGACGAAGGCGAGUUCUGCGCGGCAAAAACCUGCUCGUACUUCCAGUUCACUUGUCCACGUUCGGGUCACUGUAUACCUCAGUCUUGGGUAUGCGACGGUGAUAGUGAUUGUUUCGAUCAACAGGAUGAAAUGGAUUGUCCACCGGUCACUUGUCUUAGUACGCAGUUCACGUGUGCUGAUCAAAAAAUGUGUAUUUUAGCGUCAUACAAGUGCGACGGUAUUAGUGACUGUAAUGACGGUUCCGACGAAGUGGGUUGCCCGUCGCUGGCGCCGGAUCAGUGUAACAGCGAAAAACAAUUCCAAUGCGUUAGCUCGGCUAUUUGCAUACCAAGGAGCUGGUACUGCGACGGUACCCCAGAUUGUCCCGACAAAUCCGAUGAACCGGAGUCCUGCGGAAAAAUCGACUGCCAAACAGGAUUUUUCAAAUGUCUGAACGAGAGGUGCGUGUUCAAGGCGUACAUUUGCGACGGCAAAGAUGACUGCGGAGACAAUUCCGAUGAAAACGUUGAAUUGCACGCGUGCGGCCCUCCCACGUUUAAAUGCGACUCCCAACAAUGGCAAUGUCCGAACGUGACCAAUCGUUGUGUAAAUAUAACCAAUGUGUGCGACGGCAAGCCGGAUUGUCCUAACGGAGCGGACGAAGGAUUGGGUUGCGAUCUUGCCGAAUGCACUCAUCAGGCUGGAUUGUGUAGCAAUGAUUGUAUUCGAACUCCGCUCGGCGCCCAAUGCACUUGUCCGGCCGGCGAAGAGCUUGGCAGCGAUGGUUUCACUUGCCAAGACAUGAACGAAUGCGAUCCACCGGGAAGAUGUUCGCAGAUCUGUGUGAACACAAAGCGCAGCUACUUUUGCAACUGUCAAGAUGGUUACACGCUGGAAAAGGAUAAACACACAUGCAAAGCGUUUAAUCACAGUGCUGCGUUCUUAAUUAUCUCCAAUAGGCAUACUAUUCUGGUAGCCGAUCUGCAGGAACAAGCACUGGAACGAGUCCCGAUCAACGUAGAAAACGUCGUAGCAACCGCAAGUAAUAUGCACACUGGUACUAUUUUCUGGUCCGACAUGAAACUGAAGCGAAUCUCGCGAUUGGAUCGUGGCAGCGAUCCUCAGGAUAUCAUCAGCACUGGUUUGGAUCUGGUGGAAGGUCUUGCUUACGAUUGGAUCGGUCAGAACUUGUAUUGGCUGGAUUCGAAACUGAAUACAAUUGAGGUAGCCAAGGAAACGGGAGUUGGAAGAAUGGUUCUCGUCAAGGAGAAUAUCACGCAACCACGUGGAAUGUGUCUGGAUCCUAGUCCAGGUGCGAGAUGGCUCUUCUGGACUGAUUGGGGCGAAAAUCCUCGAAUUGAAAGAAUUGGAAUGGACGGUACUAAUCGAUCAAUUAUUAUUAGCACGAAGAUUUAUUGGCCUAACGGUCUGGCUUUGGAUAUCGCGAAUCGUAGGAUAUACUUCGCAGACAGUAAAUUAGACUUUAUCGACACUUGUCUGUACGAUGGUACUGGAAGAAUGCAAGUUCUAGCUUCUUCCCAUUAUCUUCUACAUCCUCAUUCGCUUACGCUCUUUGAAGAUACUAUGUAUUGGACUGACAGACAACUUAAUCGAGUACUUUCGGCGCACAAAUUCAAGGGUUCCGAUCAAAUGGUAGUUUCGCAUCUUAUCUCGCAACCUCUUUCUAUACACGUGCAUCAUCCGGUAUUACAGCCCAUUACUGAAAAUCCUUGUGCCAAUGCUACUUGUGAACAUUUGUGUCUUCUAUCUCCCAGUAAUCUGAGAGGAUAUAACUGCAAAUGUCAAGUAGGAUACAAAUUGUUGGCCGACGGACGAUGUAUAGAAGAAGAAACGUCAUAUUUGAUGGUUCUACGCGGUUCUCAGAUCGUCGAUAUUUCUCUGACACCCGGAGAAGCUAAGACUGGCUACUUUACACCUAUUGUUGGCGUAGAAGGCGGAAGAUUUAUUGAAUACGACAGAAAAGAUCAUAUUAUUUACUGGUUACAAGGUAAAGACGGUGACGACGAAAACGGCACAAUUUACACCAUUCCGUACAACGGCGGUAACCGAACGGAAUUCCCUAAUCCUAACGGCGAUACUGGUAUUGUUGGUUCACCAUCCACCAUGGCUAUGGAUUGGCUCGGUCGCAAUAUGUUUAUCGGCAAUAAGUUCGCGUCUAAUAUCGAAGCCAUCAAACUAGAUGGCAAGCCGCGAUACCGUACGAUCGUCUUGGCGAACAAUGGUAACGAUUUGUCGGUAUCUAAACCAAAGGCUAUGUGUGUGGAUCCCAUUGACGGACAGAUAUUUUGGGUAGACGAUGGUGGUUUCGGAGUACCGCAAAAAAUUGCACGAGUGAAUAUGGACGGUACCAAUCCGUUAAUUCUUGCGAAAAAUCUAGAACAUCCCGAAGCCAUCACUAUCGAUAUUCCUAGCAAGACACUGUACAUUUCCAGUCAGAAUCCAGCUUUCAUCAAAGCCAUGUCGACGGAUGGUCUAAACGUCCGCACGAUUCUCACUAAUGCAAACAACAUGGCGUUGCCAAAAGCGUUAGCUGUCCAUGAAUCUUUUCUAUAUUAUCUAGAUCCGCUUUACGACAAGAUUGAACGCGUCAAUUUGCCGAACGGCGAUAAUCCAGUCACCAUUGUUAACAAUGAUUCCGAACUUCGUACUUUGACUAUUUAUAAAAAACGCGCUACUGGAUCUCACCCUUGUUUCAAUAACAACGGCGAUUGCGAGCAGCUUUGCUUGCCUGCGUCCGGAGGUACUCGUGUUUGUGCCUGCGGAAUGGAAUACAGAAAAAUCUCCGACACGAGAUGUGAGCCCUACAAGACUUUUGCAGUAGUGUCUCAACUCGAUGUCGCCAGAGGUUACAGUCUCAAAGAUUCCAAAGAGGCCAUGGUACCUAUCUCUGGAAUUGGCCAUCAUAUUCUUCACGUGGAUGUGUAUUACGCGGGCACUUGGAUAUAUUGGGUAGAAUUCAAUCGAGGCAUAUGGAACGGUAUCUUCAGAAUACGACCCAAUGGCACGGAGUUACAACAGAUAAUUAAACAGGGAAUUGGUUCCAACGGAAUUCGCGGUCUAGCCGUAGAUUGGGUCGCAGGAAACUUAUACUUCGCCAAUGUUUUUCCUCACGACAACUAUGUAGAAGUCUGUCGGUUGGACGGUUCCAAUCGUAAAGUGCUCGUAAAGACGACAACAGAUGCUCCUCGAGAACUAGCCGUGAAUCCUAUAAAACGAUACUUGUAUUGGAUCGAUUACGGACAGUAUCCUCGAAUAGGCAAGGCUUUCCUCGACGGUAGCAAUUGGGUUCCUAUUGUAACAUCGGGUAUCAGCACACCGCGUGACCUAACAAUCGAUCUUACAACGCACAAUAUUUAUUGGGUGGAUUCAAAAUUGGAUGUCAUUCAAAGAGUGACUUACUCCGGUGGAAACCAGACCAUCAUCCGCAGAAAUCUGCCAAAUCCGAUGGGCAUUGCCAUUUUUGGUGAAGAAGUCUAUUGGGUGGAUCGAAAUUUGGCCACGGUCUUCAAAGCGAGCAAAAUGGAAGGCAAUAUCAGCCUUCCCAUCCCUGUCAGAACGAAUUUGCAAAAACUCAGAGAUAUCGUCAUCUUCGAUCAGAGCAGCCAACCACCAGAUCCCGGAAAUCCAUGUUCGCUGGUACCAAAUGGCGGAUGUUCUCAGUUGUGCUUUGCUUUCCCGAAAGAUAAUCCGAGAUCAUUUACGUGCGAUUGCGCGAUAGGCAAACUCUCUCCCGAUAAUCACACAUGUGAAAACGUGGAAGAAUAUUUAGUAUUCGCUACGCGAACUGAGAUUCGCGCCAUUAAUCUGGACCCGCACAACACCAACAUGCCCUUCGCGCCCGUCGGAAACUUAACGAAUGUAGUUGGGGUGGACUUUGACUAUCAGGACAAGAAGCUUCUGUUUACUCAGAUUCGUCCUUGGGCGAAGAUUGCAUGGACACCAUCGGACCGGCCAUCCUCUUCCGACGUGCACACGUUGAUCAAUAAAGGAAUUAAUCCCGAAGGUAUUUCUUACGAUUGGACUCAAAAGAAAGUGUAUUGGACGGACUCCUCUAACAACAGCAUUUACGCGAUGGAUCUUGACGGAUCCAAUCUUGUGAUGAUUGCGCGCGUGGAUCGUCCACGCGCUAUCGUCGUCGAUCCUUGUAACGGCUCGCUCUACUUUACGGAUUGGGGUCGUUUUGGAACAUCCGGAAAGAUAUUUAAAGCCACUAUGGCCGGAUCAUUCAAACGUACUAUUAUUGACACAGAUCUUUCACAACCUAGUGGUCUAGCGAUCGACUAUGAAGAUCGAAUGUUGUACUGGACUGAUGCUGUACGCGAGAAGAUCGAACGAUCUAAUCUCGAAGGACAGAACCGAGAAGUUCUGGUUAGCGCUACUAUCUAUCCCUUCGCCAUCACUGUCUUCAGAAAACAUAUUUAUUGGACAGAUCUACAGCUACGUGGAGUUUACCGUGCAGAGAAGCACACCGGAGCUGACAAAAUCGAACUGGUGAAGCGAUUAGAAGAUUCUCCCCGGGAUCUUCACGUUUUCUCCGCGGCCAGGCAAGAGUGCAGCGUUAAUCCCUGCAAUAUAAAGAACGGUGGUUGCGACCAGUCCUGUCAUCCAAGUCACAACUUUACCGUCGAGUGUAAGUGCGAUGACAACAGCAGGCUAGUGAAUGAAGACAAAAUGUGCGUGCCAAAGAAUGUCACUUGCGAUCCCAACAAGUUCGCUUGCAGAAACGGCAGAUGUAUCUCCAGAAUGUGGGCAUGCGACGGUGACGAUGAUUGCGGCGAUGGUACCGACGAAGACACUAGUUAUUGCUCUCAUCAUUCGUGCAGUCCGAACGAAUUCCGUUGCAACAACGGCAGAUGUAUCUUCAAGACAUGGAAGUGUGAUCACGAAAACGAUUGUCGGGACGGUAGCGACGAGGAAGGUUGCAUCUAUCCACCGUGUGCACCGGGUGAGUUCACCUGUGCCAAUUCUCGCUGCAUCCCGCAAGUCCAGGUGUGCAACGGUAUCAAUGACUGCAAGGACAACGUUACCUCAGACGAGACGCAUGAACGCUGUCCACGUAAUACCACAUGCCCGGCGAAUCAUCUCAAAUGCGAAAAGACGAAUAUCUGCGUGGAGCCGUACUGGCUUUGUGACGGCGACAAUGAUUGCGGCGACAACAGCGAUGAGAAUCCGAUUCACUGCGCUCAAAGAACCUGUCCACAAAAUAGUUUCCGAUGUCCAAACAACAGAUGCAUUCCGGCUACUUGGUAUUGCGACGGCGACGACGAUUGUUUAGACGGAAGCGACGAACCACCUGGUUACUGUCAAUCCGAGGGUAGAACAUGUUUCGGUGACUUGUUCACAUGCGACAACGGCAACUGCAUACCCAGAAUUUACAUCUGCGACGGCGACAACGAUUGUCUAGAUAAUUCCGACGAGGACGAUCGUCAUCAAUGCAACGACAGAAAGUGCGACGAAGAAACGGAGUUCACCUGCACCGCGAACAAAAUGUGGAAUCGCGCUCAAUGCAUUCCGAAGAAAUGGUUGUGCGACGGAGAUCCGGACUGCGUCGACGGUGCUGACGAAAAUGUAACUUUGCAUCACUGCCCGCCGCCAACUCCUUGCGCUGAGAAUCAGUUCACGUGCGACAACGGACGAUGUUUGAACCGCAACUGGUUGUGCGAUCACGAUAACGAUUGCGGCGACGGUAGCGACGAGGGCAAAUUCUGCAAUUCCCAAUACAGAAAUUGCAACAAGCAAGAAUUCGCUUGUCAAAACUUCAAGUGUAUUCGCCAUCAAUUCCGUUGCGACGGCCAGGACGACUGUGGCGAUCAUUCGGACGAAGUAGGAUGUCCGUCCAAAGAGAAAAACACUACAUGUCCGAAUCCGAGCGACUUUAUGUGUGGGAGUGGUAACUGCAUCGACUCUCGCUUGGUUUGCAACAAAGAAGCGGAUUGCGCGGAUGAGAGCGACGAGUCGCCGCAUUGUUUCGUAGACGAGUGCGCUCGUAUCGAAAUGAACCAGUGCGGACACAAAUGCGUUGACACGCCUCUCAGCUACUAUUGCGUGUGUAAUCCCGGUUUCAAGUUAAUGGCCGAUGGCAAGGCCUGCGACGACAUAGACGAAUGUAUCGAGAUGCCACAGUUGUGCAGUCAGCAGUGCGAGAACACACCCGGCGGAUAUUAUUGCAAAUGCAACGAACGUUAUUACGAGAGAGAAGCCGACGAGCACACGUGCAAGCGCCGGGACAAUAUUCAACCGUGGAUCAUAUUUACAAACAAAUAUUAUGUCAGAAACAUGUCGAUCGACGCGUCCAAUUACAGCCUGAUGCAUCAGGAUCUGAUCAACGUCGUUGCACUAGACGCGGAUUACAAUCAGGAAAUGUUGUACUUCUGCGAUGUCACAGCAAAAACAAUAUACAGAGCACCAGUAAACGGCGGUGAUAGAGAAGCUAUAAUUCGUCACGACAGUUUGGGCUUGGAAGGAAUUGCCAUCGAUUGGGUCGGUCGAAAGUUAUAUUGGUUGGAUCGUCACGCGAAACACCUGGACGUUGCCGAGCUCAAUGGCACCAAUAGAAAGACUCUGUACGUCGGAAUAGCAGAUCCACGCGCGAUUGCGGUUCAUCCUGGCAUCGGAUACCUGUACUUUACAUCUUGGCAUCUUCAGGCUUACAUAGGUAAAAUGGGUAUGGACGGCAGCAACUUUACUCGAAUUCUGACCUGGGAGGACGACAUCGCUUGGCCAAACGCUCUGACAAUCGAUUACUUCACCGAUCGCAUCUUCUGGGCGGACGCCCAUCUGGAUUACAUCGCUUUCGCCGAUUUCGAAGGUCGCAAUCGGCGAAUUGUUCUGUCCGGCACUUCGGUGCCGCAUGUGUUUGCGAUCACCGUGUUUGACGAUUAUAUUUACUGGACCGAUUGGAAUUUGAAGGCAAUCAGUAGAGCAAAGAAAUUCUCGGGCGAAGAUCGUAAAGUGUUGCGCAACACCACUCAUCGACCUUACGACAUUCACGCUUAUCACCCAUUGCGGCAAUUACCCUAUAACAAUCCUUGCGCGGAACACAACAGUGGCUGCUCGCAUCUCUGUCUCAUCGCGCCACCCGCCAGUUCGUACCUGCUCGAAGGAUACGGUCAGCCCGGAGUGACUUCUUACAAGUGUCAAUGCCCGAAUCAAUUUAUUUUGGGUAAAGACGGCAAGACGUGCGUUGCGAAUUGCACCGCGGGCCAGCAUCGUUGCGGACCACCCGACGAGAAGUGCAUACCUUGGUACUGGAGAUGCGACGGAGAAAAGGACUGCAAAGAUGGAUCCGACGAAUCGACGAGCUGCCCUCCGAGAACUUGUCGGCCGAGCGUGUUCCAAUGCGCGAACGGAAACUGCACACCGAGCGUGACCAUUUGCGAUGGAUCCGAUGACUGUGGCGAUCGAAGCGAUGAAGCUAAGUGCUCACUCGAGUGCGGAGAGCUCGAAUUCAAAUGUAAAUCCAACGGUCGCUGCAUACACGAUUCCUGGAAAUGCGACGGAGACGCCGACUGCAAAGACGGGAGUGACGAAGAUCCUGCUAUUUGCAAUAACCGUCCCUGCGAUCCGAGCACCGAGUUCAGUUGUAAAAACGGCAAGUGUAUUCCCAAGCUAUGGAUGUGCGAUUCCGACAACGAUUGCGGAGACGACAGCGACGAGCCGGCGUACAUGUGUCGGCAGAGAAAUUGCACCACCGGAUGGCAACGGUGUCCCGGACACGCCAACUAUCGUUGCAUUCCAAAGUGGUUGUUCUGCGACGGCAAAGACGACUGCCGUGACGGUUCCGACGAGCGUCCGGAGAAUUGUCCCAAGUGCGAUCCCAAAAUAGACUUCAAGUGCGCUAACAAUCGAUGUGUGCCGAAACAGUGGCUAUGCGACUUCGCCGACGAUUGCGGGGACGGCAGCGACGAGGCCGACGCGAUGUGCAAAGACAAGUAUCGCGAAUGCUCCGAGAGCGAGUUCAAAUGUAAGAACGGCAAAUGCAUCGCGUCAAGAUGGAGAUGCGACAGUGAGGACGACUGCGGCGACAAUAGCGACGAGGAGGCGUGCCAUCGGUGGGUGUGCAAGAGCGAGAGUUUCCAAUGUAACAGCGGCCAUUGCAUCGCGUCGUAUCUUCGUUGCGACGGAGCGCGAGAUUGCCGAGACAUGAGCGACGAGAUUGAUUGCCCACCGAGAUAUCCCGGGGGACGAUAUUGUCCGCAGUCGCGAUUCCAAUGUAACAACAAUCUUUGCGUCGCUUUAACCGACAUGUGCGACGGCACCGACGAUUGCGGCGACAAUUCUGACGAAAGCCCAACCACGUGUGCAAACUUCGAGUGCGACACGCAGAAACGGUUCCAAUGCGCCAAUCAUAAAUGCAUCGCCAAGUAUCAGGUUUGCGACGGAAUUGACAAUUGCGGCGACGGUUCGGACGAGAACAACAUCACCAUGUGCGUCAAACAGACUCGACCUUGCGACCCGACUUCGGAAUACACCUGCGCGAAUAAGAAGUGCAUAGAUCGUCUGAGACUGUGCGAUCUCGCGGACGAUUGCGGCGAUUUAUCGGACGAAUUGGGAUGUCAUCAUAGCCAUCAUUGCGCGACGAACGAUCGUGGCGGUUGCGAGCACAAAUGUCACAACAUUACUGACGGUGGUUAUAUCUGCGCUUGCUAUUCUGGUUACAUCAUUUCGAUGGAUAACAGAAAGCAUUGCGUGGAUAUCGACGAAUGCCAGACCGGUCAACAUCAGUGCUCUCACAUCUGCACCAAUCUGAACGGCACAUAUGCCUGUUCCUGCCGACAAGGUUUCAAAUUGUCGGACAGUCUGAGUGGCGUGUGCCGUACCGAAGAAGACGAUGUUGUUGUGCUGUUCUCAUAUGGAGAAGAACUCAGAGCCUACGAUCUGCACACCAGAGAAGAGAUGGAUCUGAUAGACAAUCAAGAUAGAGUUUUUACCAUCGAUUUUGAUCCGAGAACGGAAUACGUUUUCUGGAUUGACGCGUAUAAGAGAGCUAUCAGACGAUCCUACAUGUUGAACGCCAAAGAGGGUCAGGCGAAGAUCGGAUACGCGCAAGAUCUCAAUAUGAAAAUUGAAAGCAGACCGACGAGUUUGGCGGUGGACUGGAUUUCCGACAAUCUGUACUGGACUGAGGUCAGUUUUGCGCCGGAAAAUUAUGAAGGUCGAGUUAUGGUGGCCAAAUCGGACGGCAGAUAUCGACGUAGUCUGGUUACGACAAAUCUCGGUCAUUUGACAUCGAUAGUCGUGGAUCCCGAACGAGGGGAGCUUGUGUGGGCUGACAUGUCUACUCCGAUGAUCGAAAUAGCCUGGAUGGAUGGAGAUAGACGUCGCUCGCUUGUCUCGGAUCGACUCGGCAGUCCAUCGGCACUUACUAUCGACUAUGCUAUGGACCACACCCUUUAUUGGUCCGAUAUCAAACUGAUGACCAUCGAAGCGAUCAGCUUGAACGGUAUGAACAGAAGAGUGGUAUUGAAAGGCAAACGUAUCGGAGGACCGUUGGGACUGGAUGUUUUUGAAAAUAAUAUCUACUGGACCACCAGGCUAGACGGUGAACUCCUUCGACAAGACAAAUUUGGCAGAGGAGUUCCGGAAGUUAUGGUGAAAAAUAUUCCUAGUGCUUCGGCCGUUAAAAUCUAUCAUCCGCUGAGAUACAACACCAGUCUGAGAAAUCCUUGCGAAAAUGAACAGUGUUCUCAUUUGUGUGUGACAAUUCCUAGAGGCAGUCGUUGUCUAUGUUCGGACAACAUCGCAUCUCCACGUUUGUUUAGAGACGACAGUCAGAGGCAUUGCGACGCUACCAACGAGAGACCCUUGCCGGCUCCUAGAAUAUGUCCUUGUGAAAACGGCGGACGAUGCCAAGAGGUGGACGACAAGCUUAUGUGCAACUGCCGCGAGGAAUUCCACGGUGAACAUUGCGAAGUAGCAGCUGUCGCCGCCAGAGCGGGCGGAUCUACCGCCGCUAUAGUUGUUCCUGUUGUUGUUUGUCUGCUAGUAUUGUUCUGUGCCGCCGCAAUUUUCAUGGUUCUCAAGAAACGACCAUUCGGCAAGCCUGGUCUUAGCAGCCUCACGGGUGCACAAAGCGUUUCCUUCCGCCAGGGCAGUAAUGUGGAAUUUGGUACGGCCGCUCACGAAAGAAUGGAGCCUCUUGAUGUGGAAUACAAUUUGAACGAUGUUACCAAUAAGAAUAGAGACUUCAGUAAUCCGAUGUACGACGCGGUGAAUUUAGAGAGCGGUACCACAAACGGUACCGGCGCGAGCAGUAUGUACGAAGUGCCGGCGGAGAUGAAACCUUCCAGUAUACAGCACAAAGAACCACCGCAGUUACAUCUAAAGAGGAGAGAACUCGAUCCGUCGUCUAUCGAUUCGGGGAAGGACACGCAGCAGCUGGUCGAGGAAGACAAGUCCGAGUGCUAGAGAAUUAAUUUCUAUAUUUAGAGAGAUUUCUUCAGAUCUAUUAUCUGUGCUUCACACGCAGCAGGUCGCGAAAACUGCGAAAGGACAAAGACACGAUGAAAAUUAAUCCACUUUUACGUAACAAUUGCGGAUUGCUUAUAAAACCGCACGUUAUUUAUUAAGCAUUUAUUCACAGAGAAAUUUGUUUUUGUUUAAUAUACGCAAUAAUCGAUUCAAGUUUUUUUUUACGUAAUAAUUCUUUCGAAAAAAGAUUUCAGAUUAUUCGAGUCUCGAGAGAAGCGAGAUUAAAAAUCAAUUCAUAUUUUAUCUUUUACGAUUUUUGUUUUUUUACACACUAUAGUAAACGAAUCGCAAUAGUGAUUUUUGAUCUUUGAUGGCCUAAAUCUUCGCGGAGACUUAAUAAGAAUCUUCCCGAUCACAGAUUCUUAUUCAAAUUUGUGUGUAGAUCGCUCAAACCAGGAAUUGUGAACUGGUUUCGGGAUCUCAAACUAUAUAUUGGAACAAUUAUAAGAACGGCGUGAUACGUGGAGAUCGAAAGUAUCGAUUUUACAGAGAGUGUAAAAUGAAAGCGUAUAUAUUGCAAUAGGCAAGAUCGUGUCUCUUUCUUUUUUUUUUUUUUUUUUUUUUUUACUAGGUGUGAUUUAUGUAAGUCUUGUAAAUAUAAUUGCUAACAAAGUAUAAUGUUCAUGUUAUCUGUGUACCAUAAAAUCGACGCAACACAUUCCAUCUUCUUGUAAGGUUGCUUGAAGUGUAGUGAUAAUGACAGAACACUUUUAAUAUAGUUGCGAUGUGUAUGUACAUGUGUGUAUAUGCGUGCACGUGGUGCUCGAAUUGGUAUGUUUUCUCGAUCAUUUUAAUUUUUGUUUGCAAUUCUUUAACACAGAACUUAACACACGUUGGACAAAAUAAUUGAUCUGUAUUGUAAAGAAAUAUGCGCUUUUAUAUACAAAAAAAACUUGUUUCUUUUAAUUACUUGACAAUUUGUUGUUUGUGUUAAUUUUAAAAAUAAUUAUAUUAAUUUUAAUAUAAAUUGCAAAAUUUAUAUAUAGUUUUGUGAUUUGUAGAAUAUUUUAGUUCGUCAUAUUUUCUGUGUAUAGCUACACGAUUCGAGCACUAGUACAUGUGCGUCAGAAUUAAUUCUCAACCAGCGGAAUAUAGCAGAAUCAAAAUUUUUUGAUAAAUUUUAAUAGAAACGAUAGUCUAUGUUUCUCUUCCUUUUUUUUUUUUUUUUUUUUUUAUUUUCAAUGUGACAAAAAGCAAGUUUUUAAGAAUUAAAUGAUCCUGCUAUAGCGGUUGCGUAAUUGGAGUGUUAAUGAUGCGCGCACGUUUUCGUUAUAUAGAAAAAGAAAAACAGUUGUAUUCUUAGAGCAAAGUAUUUCUAUAAGGCGUGGCGUUAUAUAGUUUUUUAUGUUGAAAAGUUGUUACGGUGAGAGUAAGCGUGCAAGUCCGAAGAGCGAAAUGUUUCACACAUAUGAGCGUUUUAUUUUAAAUGUUAUGUUUAUUCCUGUGGAUAUAUAAUAAUUAUUUCUCAGAAACUGAUCGAGUGUAUGAUACGAAGAUGUAUCUCUUCCGCGCGGAAAAAUAUCUUGAUUGUUGUACAUUUUUUUUAGAUAUUAUGUGGAGUACUCCUAUUGCAAAAACGGAUGAAUUAAGAGGAAUAGAAAAUUGAAAAAAUUUUUAACACGUUUAUCGAAUGUUGUAUAAGUUUUGAAAACGAAUAACAUACUUUCAAUCACCUUAAGAGAUAAGAUACUUAUUAUAAGAUACUUCAAUUCCUUUUAAUUCAUAUGCUGUUGCAAGGUCGGUAAACGUGUAAUUCUUCUACUGAACGAAUACAUACAUACAUACAUAUAUAUAUAUAUAUAUAUACAUAUAUAUAUAUAAUUGCAAGAAAACCUCUCUUUAAAUCAAUGAUAUUUAUCAUUUCCGAACUUCUUAGAGAAAAGAAAUUGUACAUAUAGAUACUUUGAUUACAAAUUUUCAACGUAAGAGAUAUACGUUGUACAUAUAUAUAUAUAUAUUUUACGCGAACUAAACUAUAAAGGAAAAGAAUUAUCAAUACUGACCUAUUCUCUCCACGCACACACUCACAGAGACAUUACAGAUUAUUCUAUAUAUAAAUUCUAUAAAAUAUAUAUAUAAAUAAAAGUAAAUAAAUAUAUAUUUUUUGUUGCAAUCGAUUUUGAUUCUGGGCAAUAUGUUCCAGAACGUCUAUUAUUAUUAUAUCUAUACUUUCUAUAUGUAUACAUUUUUCUUAUCAAAUUGAAAAUAAUUGUUAAUAUAUUGUGCAAGAGUAUUAAACAGAGAGAAAAAGAGAGAGAGAGAGAGAUACCGUCCAAAAAUAAAUGAUAAAGUUCAUCACUCAAUUUUUCCCUCUGCCUAUGCAUACGUAAAAAAAAAUGCACGUAUAAUAAUUUCCAAAAAUGUUAU